UUCAAGAUGGCAGCCUAGCGUGGAGAAGAGUUGUGCAGUUAUGUGAACAUGUCGCUAUUGAGGCUGUGUGCCUUACCGAAGUGUCUGAGUGGUCUAAUAUUGUUGGAAAGAAGUGUUCGUCGUGUGUCAAAUGCUGGCCAUUGCCACUACUUUCUUACACUCCGGAAUAACGUUGAAAGACGAAUAUCAGAUCCACCAUGGACAUCACAACGAAGACAUUUCUCAGCUCUGAUCCCAAAGAAAGAGGAUGGGAAAAAACGAGUAUGGGAACAAUCUCAGCUUUUAGAUGUGCUUGAGGCCAGAAUCCAGCAACUCCAAUCUGACAUUGUUUUAGAUGUCCAACAUGCAAAGGUACAAUUUGUCAAUGCUUCCAAGUCGAGGAGAGGGGCUUCUUCAGGGAAGAGUCACAAAAAUGUUUCUGGGGGGAGGACUGAGUUGCCCAAGGUGGGACAGACUAUUAGUAAGGGAGGGGGACAGACUGGUAAGGGAGGGGGCAAAGAUGCUUCAGCCUCCAAAUCCCGCUGGAUGGAGAAACUGAUUCAUGAGAAGACGACUAAAACAAAGAAACUGAACCUGAAGCUAGGCAUAGAAGAUAAACCUGUAAAAAGCAGAAAAGGAAAACUGAUGCUGCCAGGUACCGCACAAAAAAACAUGUUGACAAAAGCUGGAAAAAAGACUGCAUCGACCUCUAAAAAGAGCAAGACUCUGAAAAACCAAGAACCAACUGCUAUCCAAGCCGACACUAUUGCAGGUCCCCCGGUUGCUGCUGCAACUGUGCCUAUUAGAAAAGCCAAAGGAAAGGGGAAAGCCUCAAAGGAGCCGGCUCCUGAGUUUUCUGAGGCCAGGGACCAGGAGCUGGCUGAGCUGGAGAGGAAGACGGAGGCCAAGGCCCAGGAGCUGGCUGAGGUGGAGAAGUUGGAGAGGAAGCUUAACCAGUGGGCUAUGUCUGCCAGCCCGGAGCUCGUGCAGGAUAACAGCGAGGCCAGGAUGUACGAGGGCGUCCAGCUUAGUGUGCAUUGCUACCUGGAGGCCUGUGUGUUCUGUGGCGACAUUGACCGAGCCCAGCGCCUCCUGCUCACUCACCACCGCAUGAUCAGCCGACGCAACCUGCUCAACAUAGGACUCUACAACGUCAUGAUGAGGGUCUGGGCCAAGAAGGGCUCUUUGAACCAGAUUGGACGUAUGUUCAUUCUGGUAGAAGAGGCAGGUCUGAAGCCUAACCUCACCUCCUACUGUGCUGCACUGGAGUGCAUGGGCAGAACCCCUAACUGUUCUCCAAAGGUCAUCAACAGGGUCCUGCGUCAGAUGAAAGAGGAUGGCCUGUGUGUGGAAGAGCUGUUUCGACUCUGUGUGUUCAGGCAGGAUGAGAGGGACAUGGUGCUGAGGGCCAUCCACACCGUGGAACCAGACUUUCAACCCAGCAUCAACACUGUCCUGCACACUUGCUCCUCACCUCUGGUCAAAGACUUCUACACAGAGAGGGCAGAUGCUAAGUACCCCAAGUUGGCCUUCAGCCUGGAGGAGCUGCGGGAGAGGUUCAGCCGUCAGCUGAGCAUGGAACAGGCCUGCACCAUCACCAUUCACUCUGUGGAGGCCAUGAAGCCUGUUACCCCACACAUGGCCAAGAUGAGGGCUUUGCUGGCGGAGCAGCGGAUGGUGUGGCACAAAGCCCUGGUUGGGGCCCUGAGGGAGAGCAAUAUGAUCCUGGCCAGCAUCACCCCGAAGGCCGUCAGACUCAGCCUCUACCCCUACCUCUGUCUGAUGGACCAAAAGGACUAUGUAGACAUCAUGAUCCAGAGUCUGUCUAACUUGCCACCCAGUGGGGAGUCUCUCCACAUCCUGGCCAAGGAGCUGGGAAACAGGAUCCACAACAAGUUCUGCAUCCGCAUGAAGAGCCACAACCAGAUGGUGGACAAGCUCAGCCAUAUCUACAAUGAAUAUGCUGAGCUACUAGCCAAAGACUCUAAGGAUUUUGACGUAUUGCCUAGGGAACGAUGGUGGAAGCUGGAGGCGGAGCAUAGCUCUGGUCCCUCCCUGCUGGGGGACAAUACCCAAUGGCCCCACACGGUGGUGGUGGAGCUGGGCACCUACCUGGUGGACCUCAUGGUCAAGCACAUGAAGGUGAACAGCGACAUCCUCAACCCUGCCAAUGACAGGAAGUUCAUCCCUGUCCUCUACCACAUGUACACCUUCCGCAGUAACAAACAGGUCGGCUUCAUCAAGCCGCACCCCAUCCUGACACAGAUGCAGCAGGACGCCAUGGAGACCACGCUGACCUUUGACUCCUACGUGAUGCCCAUGCUGUGCCCGCCCAUGCCCUGGACCUCGGCUAAGUUCGGCGCCUACCUCCUCACCCCCACCAAGAUGAUGCGCACGGUGGUUGGCGCCAACCAGCAUGAGAUCCUGCUGGAGAAGUGCCAGGACGCUGACCUGCAUGCCGUGCUCGACUCCCUCAACCAGCUGGGCAACGCGGCCUGGAGGAUCAACCAGCCCCUGCUAGACAUCAUCAUCUCCAUCUUCAACGAUAAAGGCAAUGAGAAGCUGGACAUCCCGCCGCCCAACUCCGAGGCCCCCAAGAUCCUCCGCUACAGCCAGCAGGACUUGGCCACCUACUCCUCAGCCGAGAAGGCCCACCUGAAGAGGGAGCUGGUCAAGGCUAAGAAGAAGUGCAGUGAGAUGCACAGCCUCAGGAUGGACGCCCUCUAUAAACUCUCCAUCGCCAACCACAUGAGGGACGAGGUCUUCUGGUUCCCCCACAACAUGGACUUCCGCGGGCGGACGUACCCGUGCCCGCCCUACUUCAACCACCUGGGCAGCGAUGUGACCAGGGCUAUCCUGGUGUUUGCGGAGGGGAAGCCCCUGGGGCCGGGCGGUCUGAAAUGGCUGAAGAUCCACCUGGUCAACCUGACGGGCUUGAAGAAACGCAGCUCGCUGGCCGGCAGGUUGGAGUACGCCAACACAAUCAUGGACGACAUCCUGGACUCUGCAGACAACCCCCUCAACGGUAAGAAGUGGUGGCAGAAUGCAGAUGAACCCUGGCAAGCCUUGGCCUGCUGUAUGGAGAUAGCCAACGCUGUCAGAUCACCUAACCCCACACACUUCAUCUCCCACUUUCCUGUGCAUCAGGAUGGUUCGUGUAAUGGUCUCCAGCACUACGCAGCCCUGGGUCGGGAUGUGAUCGGUGCCACCUCUGUGAACCUAAUUCCCUGUGAGGUGCCCCAGGAUGUCUACAGCGGGGUGGCACAGCAGGUGGAGGAGUUCCGUGCGCGGGACUCAGAGAAGGGUCUGAAGAUCGCCCAGGUGCUGGAGGGCUUCAUCAGCAGGAAGGUGGUGAAGCAGACGGUGAUGACGGUGGUGUACGGGGUGACGCGCUACGGAGGACGCCUCCAGAUAGAGAAGAGGCUCAAGGAGGUUGAUGACUUCCCCAAGGAGUACGUUUGGGACGCCUCUCACUAUCUGGUCCAACAGGUGUUCAGCAGUCUGAAGGAGAUGUUCACCGGCACCAGAGAGAUCCAGGACUGGCUGACGGAGAGCGCCAGGCUCAUCGCUAAAUCGGGCAACACAGUGGAGUGGGUGACGCCCCUGGGCCUGCCCAUCAUUCAACCCUACCACCGGACCAGGACGCAGAUGCUGAAGGGUACCAUCCAGGACCUAAGUCUCCAGAUCACCCAUGACUCUAAACAGAAGCCAGACACAGUGAAACAGAAGAAUGCCUUCCCUCCUAACUUCAUCCACUCUCUGGACUCCACACACAUGAUGCUGACUGCUCUCUACUGCUACAGCGCCGGCCUGACAUUCGUCUCCGUCCACGACUGCUUCUGGACACACGCCCUUACAGUCGACACGAUGAACAAGGUUUGCCGGGAGCAGUUUGUGGCACUGCACAGCCAGCCCAUCCUUCAAGAGCUGUCCAACUUCCUACUGCAGAAAUACUGCUCUGGGCUAUCGAGCGAGGUCAAAAACAGUAAGUUUUUGGAGUACCGGAGGAUGCUGCUACUACUGGCCAAAGUGCCUCAAACAGGCGACUUUGAUCUCCAGCAGGUGAAGGAAUCCACUUACUUCUUCAGCUAAGAGGAACAGACUGACAAUCAGAGCAACAGGAUGCAAAAGACAAUGGAUGAGAUGAGUAGGAUUGACAGACUGUGAGGCUGAACACUGAGAGGGCUGUGUGGGGACUGGGAGGGCUUGUCUCCCUCAGGCAUCAGAUGAUUGAUCCACUGCCCGCUGGGUGAAGCCAAGGCUUUCUGCAACAGCUCCAUCACACAUAAUGACCCACACAGACAGACCGCCAUAGACCAGUGUGGGAGGAGAGGCCUCCUCUGUAGAGACAAGGAAAUGAGAGCAGCUUCCCCACUCUGGAAUGGAGAGGAUCUCAAUGAUGCUCAUUUAGGCUUUGACAUUUCCCCUUUUACUGUUGUGUGUGAGAGAAUGAAUGAUAUCCCUUGUCUGAAAAUGUGAGCGUUGUUAUACGUGUGUGUUCCGGCGACUCUGUCCUCCCAUAAUGAACACCUUCACUAUAAAGAGACUUCUAAGAGUGUGAGUGACCAGUGUGUUUCCUCCCUAUCUCUCUCCACAGUGUUCUGAUCUGCCUGUUCCCUCCCUACCUCUAACACCUGGCUGAUUAAGCACAUGAUACUGCCUCUCAUUGAUUGAGGCACCCAGGAAGAGAUGCCCACUCUGACAUUUAGAGCCACACCUCAUUUACCUCGCAAGUUUCCACUGGAGACAGUUACUCUCACUCACAUUGAGAGGGAAGAAAAAUAGUAAUAAUGGGUGGGUGGAUGGAUGGAUGGAUGGAUGGAAAGGUAGCUGUGAGGGAGGACGUCAUGAAUUGUCCUUACAAAAAAAGACCGUUUUCAAACAAUAUCUGCAGUUGCCAUCUGGGGGGAAGAAAUGGUUCACUUCUGAGAGGGAUUUUUUUUUUGUCAGUGAGCAUUUCUCCUUUGCCAAAAUAAUCCAUCCACUUGACAGGUGUGGCAUAUCAAGAAGCUGAUUUAACAGCAUGAUCAUUACACAGGUGCACUUUGUGCGUGGUACAAUAAAAGGCCACUCUAAAAUGUGCAGGUUUUUCACACAACACAAUGGCACUGAUGUCUCAAGUUUUGAGGGAGCGUGCAAUUGACAUACUGACUGCAGGAAUGUCCACCAGAGCGGUUGCCAGGUAAUUGAAUGGUAAUUUCUCCAACGUCGUUUUAGAAAAUUUGUCAGCACGUCCAACCGGCCCAGACCACAUGUAUCCACGCCAGCCCAGGACCUCCACAUCCGGCUUCUUCAUGUAGCCUGGCGAAAGUAAACAGCACAGGACACAAACUAAUUUGGGGUUUAUUCUGUCGAAGCUUAAAUAGGAUCAUGUAGAAGGGAAAUCUCCACAAGAUGAAGUGACCAAGUAAAGUUCAGUUUAAGUUACAACCAAGUGAAAUAAAUCUGUUUUAAUAAAAUGCAUAAAACGAGUACAGUAAGUACCAAGUGAAAUGCCUAGUGGCUCUGCUUUCUAUAGAAAAACAAAAUACAGAGACCACAAUGUUCAGUUAGAAUGGACUUUCUAACAUUUCAAAUAUCUGGGUACAAUAUGUCCUUAAUUGCCAUAAAAAUAUAUGAAUACUUAAACACACUGUCCACAUGAUACCUUAACCCCAUAUGGAACAAUAGAUCAUUUCACCCUUACUGCACUGGGGGAAAUGUCAUAUCAACAGAGGUUACAAUACAAAAAUGAAACAAAAUACAACGCCCUGAAGCUUUACAUGAAAUAGAAUGUCAUUCUGAUAAUUACUCACGCUUCAAAUUAUCUUAUCAACUCCACAAUGUGGUUCUGAGAGCACUGGUAUUCAGCUAGCAAGAAGCUAACAUCCUCAUGUCAAUCUGAAAGUAUCAACAGGUUAACAUGACCGUCUGUCAUAAAUAUUACAAAAUUAACGUCUACAGUGCAGAUGGUGCAAAAUCUGAUACAUUCCGGUACAAGAGUAAGACAAAGUAUUGUUUACACAUCUAAAGUAACGUUGGACAUACGAUGGAUCUCAACAGCGCUCCAGUGUAAUUGUUUGCUCUCACUCUUACACACUGAGCAUGCGCAAUCCCAUAACUGCUUGCUCACCUUAUUUAUGGAUCUCUUAAAGGAACAGUGCUAUCUAGUGGAUAUAACUGAAUACAGGCUCCCAAGUGGGUGGGCCUAUGCCCUCCCAGGCCCACCUAAGGCUGCACCCCUGCCCAUUCAUGUGAAAUCUGUAGGGUCUAAUUUAUUUAUUUCAACUGACUGAUUUCCUGAUAUGAACUGUAACUCAGUAAAAUUGUUGAAACUGUU